AUGGGACAAUUUGGAUGUCGAUUAUGCUUUAUUGAUGAUAAUACAUUCAUCUUCUAACCUUAUGAUAAAGAUUAGAUGAAUGUUUUUGAGAUGAAUAGUACUAAUAAAUAGUAUACAAUGACCAAGUAUAUUCCAGUAAAAGGAGGUUUAGAUAAAUAUUUGUUUCCUUAAUAAUAUAAAAUCAAAAUGUAUCCUUGUGAAUAAAAAUGGAUCAUAGGUGAAUUUAAUAAGGAAAAAACAAAAUGGAGAUUUUAUAUUAGAGUGAUCUAUUGA